GACUACGUGACGUCACUUCCUUGUUACAAGAUAAACAGUGAAGUCCAAAAUUGAUUGGCUUACUAAUAUAUUUUUUAUACUCCAAUAACACUCUGCUUCUGAAAUUAUUUGAAGAACCACAAAAAUGAUGAUUUCUCAACGUCCUCGCAGAACUAGGGAAUUUACGGGCCCAACUCCCUGUUCUGUAGCAAUUAAAGCCCGACCUCCCAAUGUAAGACCACCAGAGCACCUCAUAUUGGAACGAAGAAAAAAGGAAGAUAUGUUAGCUGAAUACCAGAAAAAUACUCAGUACAUUGGACUUAAUGAUUUGAAAAAUGAAUGGGAACGUUGGACUGACAGAAAGUACAAAAUUAACACAUGCAAAAGAAGGGUCGAUUCAAUGAUGAAAACCAAUCAGUUCACAAUUGAAGACAGGCGUGAAAGGUUGCGGGAAAUGUUGCAACAAGAGGAGGCUGAUUAUCUUGCCGAAAUGGAGUCUAAAGAAGAAACAACUUUGGAGCGACAGGCCAAAAUGCGUGAGCGGGCCAGAGCAUUGAAGGAAAAGCGUGAAAGAGAACGUCUUGAAUUUGUUCAAGACAAAUAUGAUCAACAAUUCAGAAACCAGUGCGAAGAGCUGAGGUCCACACUUUCCAAGAGACAACAGGAUGAAGUAUGCGUUGAGCGUCUUGAGCAAAUCCGUAUUAAGGAAGAGAUUGAACAAGAUCGCAAAGAAGAGGAGCGCAUGUAUGCCCGUCUGUGGGAGGAAGAUAUGCUGGCAAAGGCAGCAAGAGAGGAGAGGGAUGCCAAGGCUGCCCAUGAGAGGAAUGCGGAGGUUCUCUCCGUUCUCAGAAAACAGAUGGCCGCUCUUGAAGCUACAAAGGAGGAGGCUUUAAGACUGAAGGAAGAAGAGGCACAGCUUCUGAAGGAGCAGAAUGCCCUCCGUGCAGCCGAGGAGCAGAGGAAGCGAGAGGACAAACUGCGUCAGCAACGACAGACCAGAGAGAUGCUGGACUUGUCCUUACAGUUGAAGAUGAAGAAGAAGGCCAAAGAGGAGCAGGAGGAGCUGGCCUUUGAUCUGAAGAUGCUUGAACAGCUGCUGGAGGAGUCACGCAACGAGGCCAUGGAAAUCAUGCAGAGAAAGAAGGAGCUGAGAGAGGAAGACCGGCGCUAUCGGGAGAACCUUCAGCAGAUCUUUGAGGAGGAGAAGGUCAAAGAGCGGGAACUUGAGGCGCUCAUUCAACAGGAAGUGGAGCGCAUGUGGCAGAAGAGGCUCGCGCAGUGGAAGCUGGAGAGGGAGGCGAGGAAGAAACUCCUCAGGGACGUGCUGGCUAUACGGGCUAACCAGGUCCAGGAACGAUUGAAUGCAAACCUGGGCAAGCAGCGGGAGGCGGCGGAGGAGCGCGAGGCGUUACAGAGGAUGAUCGAGGACAACCGCCGCCACGAGGAGGAGCAGGCCAUGCGCAACAAGGAGAAGCACGCGACCUACCAGCGCGACCUCAUUGGCCAGAUUGAGUACAACCAGAGCCUCGCCAGACAGAACUUUGAUCGUGACGAGCAGGAGUACAAGAUGGGCAUGCAAACAGAGAAGGAGUACCAGGCAAGGCUGAAGGCUUGCCUUGAUAACCCGUUUGACGAAAAGAUGCACCCCAUGCGCCGGGCCAUGGCUCAACGGUCCACUUAGACCUGGGUUCUUCAGUGGGAGCUUGAUGUUAAAUAAAGAUUUUCAGCUUGAAAUUGUGAAAAAUUGUAGUUAAUAAAUGUACAAGUUUCACUCCAAAAACAAGUGUUUGUUUGUCUAUAACAAUUUUGAACUGCUGAUUUAAUGGUUGCAAGUUUUUAUUGUAUGUAGAUAUUUAAAUUCAUUAUACUUUAUGUAAAGAAUGUUGACAAAAUUGUACUUCUGUACUCUGUACUUUUUAUUUUAAAUGUUAAUUAAAGAAAACACAAUCACUAUUUGUCACUUUUAAUGAUGAGUGCAUAGACUAAAAACCCAUUAUAAUGUAAAUGAGUUUAUUAUUUUUUUAUUUGUGAAUAAAUUGACCUGAUAUAUAUAUAUAUAUAUAUAUAUGUGUGUGAAAUAUGUUUUGUUGCUUUAUUUUUCAGCCAUCACCAUAUUUUUCUGUGAUAUUUAUACGAUUUGUUGACCCUUCCAUAAUUCCAAACAUUUAUGCAACAAAGUUUGUGCUAUUAUUGAUAACUUACAAAUCUUCAUGUUUUGUAACAAAAACUUAAAAAAGCAAUGAUAUUGAAAACAUAAUGGCAUGGUUGUCACAAAAAACUAUUUUCCUUGGUACUUGUAACUAAUGGUUCUGUGUGCUUUGUGAACUUAAUGUUUAUUUAUGAAACUUUACUACAAUUUCCAGUAAAUAUUGUUUGCAUUAUUUAUUUUUUGGUAGUUCACACAUUUUAAUCUGAAAAUAGUGAAUAUUUGUACUAUAUCUUAAAAUAUUGUUUUUCUUGUGUAUAGUCUUCUAUAUGACUUCCAUGUAUUAUAUCAUGAUAAAUCUGUUAUCAGAAGUAUAUUCAUUUUUAAUUUUCUGUUUAACAUGUUGACACAUUUUAAUUGUUGAUUGGCAAUUUUAAAAAAUAUGAGCAAAAUAAAGUACCGGUAUUAUGAUGUUCUAUGCCAGUGUUCAAUGUGAUCGUUGCUCUUAAUACAGAAUAUGUGCACUCUAUGCGUUAUCAUGAAUGAUUAUAAUUUAAUUCCAGUGAUGGAUAAAUUGUAUAUGCAGUUUUCUGAUAAACAAGAAUGCUCUUGUUAUAAUAUACACUGUGCUUGGACAUUGAUCUGGUUAGUUUACUGCCUGUCAGACAUGUUAGGAAUUGAACAAUCUGUAACUGGGUUUUCAUGACCAUCAUGUUUAAAGUUUUAAGUACUAAAGUGAUUUUUAACAUAGAUCUUCAUUCUAAUUGGUAUUGUGUUUUGAGGGGAAAGCAAAGUUCCAGGUCCAGUUUUACGAAGCUUCUUUGAAUAUUUUGCAUAUAAAUUACAUCGUUGUUUCUUCAAUUUAUUGAAAUAGUUAAAAGUACACAGUUUACAUGUAUAUUUAUUCAUUUAACUUAAUCUAUAAAACUAUUACCUUGUGUCAAUUAAUAAACUUUAAAGAAUAUUAUUAAAUUUAAUUUCUC